CCGAUUCUCACUUCUUCAUCAUCAUCACCAGAUCUUGACGGAGAUAACAAUGACAACAACAAAGGAAUCAAAACCCUUUUGAAAAAAAUGAUUUUUGAUUUGGGUUUCGCUUGUUUUCUUCCUCCUUUAGCUGAAAACUCCGGCAACAACAAUGGAGGUGCCGGCGGAGGAGGAAGUGGCGGCGGAGGAGAGAAUAACAAAGCUUGGCUUUUGGCUGAAACAGCACCGGAGAAUAUGAAUCCUGAUCCUCAUUCAGUUCAUUCAUCGUUUAGAUUCAGUCUUUGUUCGCAAAUCGAGCUUGAGAAAAUGAAAGGUGAAGAACCGUCCUUGUCUGCUUCGUCUUCUUGUCGGAAUUUGUCGGUUUCUGGUGGUUCCACGACGGUUUUGAUGGUGAAUUUGGAGAAUGGUGUUAAGGAGACUACUGGGAAUUCGACUGAUGAUUUGCGGUGGACGAGAGCUAGGUCGCUUGAGAAGAGUAUUUCUCCUGUGGCUAAUACUUUGGUUCGGUUUAGCUACGGUGAAAUUGUGGCAGCUACUCGUAAUUUCUCUAAAGGGAGAGUGUUGGGAAGAGGAGCUUGUAGUUAUGUGUUUAGAGGCAAAAUCGGAAUGUGGCGAACCGCUUUAGCAAUCAAGAGACUUGAUAAGGAAGACAAAGAAUCUCCAAAAUCUUUUUGUAGAGAGUUGAUGAUUGCAAGUUCUCUCCACAGUUCCAACAUUGUGCCUCUUCUUGGCUUUUGUAUUGAUCCUGAAGAAGGUUUAUUCUUGGUUUACAAGUAUGUCUCUGGUGGAAGUCUCGAACAUUAUUUACACGAUAAGAAGAAGAAGAAAGGCGUGAAAGCGGCUUUUGGUUUACCUUGGUCAGCAAGGUACAAGGUCGCAUUAGGCAUCGCAGAUGCCAUCGCUUAUUUGCAUAAUGGAACAGAGCAAUGUGUUGUUCACAGAGAUAUCAAACCCUCCAAUAUUCUUCUUUCCUCAAAGAAAAUACCAAAGUUGUGUGAUUUCGGGUUAGCUACUUGGACUGCUGCGCCUUCUAUUCCUUUCCUCUGCAAGACCGUGAAAGGCACAUUCGGCUAUCUGGCUCCAGAGUAUUUCCAGCAUGGUAAAAUAUCUGACAAGACUGAUGUUUACGCCUUUGGGGUUGUAUUGCUUGAGCUAAUAACUGGCCGGAAACCAAUCGAAGCAAGAAGAGCAUCUGGUCAAGAAAAUUUGGUUGUUUGGGCGAAACCGUUGUUGCACAGAGGGAUGGAAGCUAUAGUGGAGCUACUCGAUCCGAGGUUAAAAUGCACAAGAAAAAACUCGGUUCAAAUGGAACAGAUGAUCCGUGCUGCAGCGGCGUGUGUGAUCAAUGAGGAGUCCCGAAGACCCGGUAUGGAAGAGAUUGUCUCAAUCUUGAAAGGGGAAGAAGGUUUAGAGCCAAAAACACACUCAAGCAGGAAAAAUACAAAUAUUUCGGGUAUGAUUGACUCGUAUACACAAUUGCAACAAACCAAAUCCGAGAUGAAAUGUCAUCUUGAUCUUGCGAUGCUCGGAGUAACCGAGUUUGAAGACGAUGAUCAUGUGUACGGGCGAUGAAAGAUCCCAAUAAAUGGAUUAAAAAGUG